AAGUUGCGGCUGUGUUGUCCAAAUUAUUCCUCGAAAAACCAUCGCCGCUCCAGCACAAAGUAUGUGCCAGACUUGUACACGUUACGUGGAAAAGAAGAGGGUGCAAUAACACAGAUGAAGUUCCUGCCAAAGUGAGCUGUUUGGCUCCAGCAAUGAGCGAGAUUGAUGCACGAUCAACCUGCAGCCUUCCGAGCAGCUGCCCUCGCAGCAAGAUGGAUAUUGUCUGUGUAAUUGACCUGGUUACGGGAGCAGGCUCCAGUCUGGGACGCCUGUCUCAAAGAAAGGCAGCUUACGAGGAAAUCCAAAAGGCAGCACGCUGCAUUGGAGGAGCACUGCAUGAGCUACCAUUCAAAAAGCUUGACUUUGGGGAGACCAAAGUGCUGGACUUAUUCUACAAUGCGGAUGUGGCAAUUGUGGAUGUGUCUAUGCAGGAUCAGCGGAAUCCUUUAUUCUAUCACCUUGGGGUGAGAGAAAGCUUUGGGAUGAAGCAGAACAUGAUUCUUUACAACGAUCACAUGCCCGGUGAAGCUUACGCGAUCAAAAUUGCGUGUUCUAAUUAUCCCUUGUGUACAUACAAAGUAAACGACAGCAAUGCUUGCAUCGUCACCGAAUUGUCGGGCGUAGCACUGGUCACUGAAGAAACUGUAGAGUCCAAACAAGCUCUACACAGUCGCCUAAAGAAGUUUUUACAGGAUGCUGAAGUACAAACAAAAGCACACAUGAAAGAGAAGUUCCUGUCUGACUUGAGGAAGGCGCGAGAAAUGUACACAGGUGAAGAACUAGCCAAAACACUGCACAAUUUUCGAAAGCGGCUGGACGAUCCAAACAUUAUAUCUGGCGAUGUUGUUCUCAACAUGCUGAUCUCAUUUAGAGAUAUUCAGGACUAUGAUGCCAUGGUGAAGCUUGUGGAUGACUUGAAGACUGUGCCAAACAUUAAGUUUACAUCGACGCCAGCUAUUCAUUAUCAAUAUGCAUUUGCAUUUAACAGACGUAAUCAGCCUGGAGAUCGGGAACGUGCACUGGAAGUCAUAACUGCCGCCCUCCAAAAACAAGAAAAUCAUGUACCUGAUAUGUUGUGCCUUUGUGGGCGUAUCUACAAGGACAAGUUUGUAGAGUCCAACUACACCGACCAGGAAAGCCUUAAAAAUGCCAUUCAUUGGUACAGGAAAGGUUUCGAAGUGCAGUCAAAUGAGUACGCUGGGGUAAAUCUGGCUACAUUACUUGUCAUUGAUGGCCACGAGCUAUCUGAGUCAUCAGAGCUGCAGCAAAUCAGUCUACGGCUCAACCAUUUAAUAGGACUGAAAGGUAGCCUAGACUCCCUAGGAGACUAUUGGGAUGUUGCCACAUUCUUUGAAAUCAGUGUUUUAGCUGAGGACUACGGUAAAGCAAUUCAAGCGGCGGAAUGCAUGUUCAGGCUGAAGCCUCCAGAUUGGUAUUUAAAGUCUACCUUUGGAAAUAUUAGGCUCAUUAGCUACUUUCGAAAACGUCCUGAAGAUGCUGAACAAUCAGCUGAAGAACAGGUGUUUGAUUUUUGGGUUGAAUUUUUCAUCGCCGCCUACUGCUCAGACAUUGAGAAUAUGAUACGAUUUCCUAUUUUGGUGUCCGAGCCCUCCAAGGUUUUGAUGCCAAGCUAUGUCACAGUGAACACUGAUGCUGAGGAGAAAAGUAUUGAAGUGAGGAAUCUCUGCCUUGAGACACUCAAGGGCAAGUGUAGAAAGAUUCACGAGUGGCUCUUCAAUGCAUCUGCCAUCAGAAGUGUCAGCUUGUAUAAGAGGGACGAACGCUGCCUUUUCCUCUACGUUCACCAAAAUUCUGAUGACUUCCAAAUGUUCUUCCCUUCUGAGCAACUUAAAAACCGUUUUUACGAGCUUGUACGAACAAUGGCAGAUCAGGAGGUAAUGGACAUUGACUCUGAUAUGGGAUCCAGCUGUAUACAGUACGAGUAUGAACGAGAUGACCAGGGAAGGAUAAUUACGCUGGGUCGAGGGACGUACGGUGUGGUCUAUGCUGCUCGAGACCUCACGACGCAAGUGAAAAUUGCCAUCAAAGAAAUCCCGGAGAAAAAUCUGAGCGAGGUCCAACCACUGCAUGAAGAAAUUAAGCUUCAUUCACAACUGAGGCAUCGCAGGAUAGUGCAAUACCACGGCUCAGUCAGCGAGGAAGGUGUUGUGAAGAUCUUUAUGGAACGAGUUCCAGGAGGCAGCUUAUCUCAGCUUCUGAGGGUUAAGUGGGGCCCACUUUCCAACAAUGAGCCGGCAAUCGCCUUUUAUACCAAACAGAUACUGGAAGGUUUGAAGUACCUGCACGACCAACGUAUCGUCCACAGAGACAUCAAGGGUGAUAAUGUUCUGGUUAACACUUACACUGGAGGACUCAAGAUAACCGAUUUUGGCACAUCAAAGCGGCUUGCAGGCAUCAAUCCAGUGACAGAAACAUUUGCAGGAACAUUUCAGUACAUGGCACCAGAAGUUAUUGACAAUGGACAGAGAGGCUAUGGUCCCCCGGCAGACAUUUGGUCACUGGGCUGCACAGUCGUUGAGAUGGCCACAGGACAGACUCCAUUUAUAGAGCUUGGCUCACCGCAAGCCGCAAUGUUCAAAGUUGGCUGCUUCAAGAUCCACCCAGAGAUCCCAGAAUGCCUUUCUGAAAAAGCACAAAAAUUCAUAAAGAGGUGCUUUGAACCUGAUCCUGCAAAGCGGGCAACAGCUGCAGCACUUUUGGAGGACCCCUUCCUGACAGACAUGAACAGAAAGAAGAAGCCACGCCCACCAGCACCUGACUUCAGUCGAAGCAUUUCCGUUCCAGCAGACCGAGCAGUAAGGUUGGAGAAACCAGAGAAAGUGUCUCGAUUUGCAAGCACUGGCGAAGAUGGGACGUCAUUUCUUCUUAGCGCCACAGUGGCUGCCACAAGCCCGUCGGAUGCGAUACCGAGGUCUCCGUCUACGUUUUCAUUUAGUUCAGAGACGUCUGAAACGGGGAUGCGUCGCUGCAGUUCCGGACUCUUGAGUCCCCCUGUUGAAAGUCCUGGAACAGACCAAGAACAGGGAGGUUUCUACUUGUUGAAAAAGGAUUCCCAGCGGCGGCAAACAAUAGUGCGUGUUCUGGAAGAGGAUGCUGAUCAGAUUCUGGAUAUAUGGUCUGGCAAAUUGCAGCAUGAUGUGCCUGACCUGCUUAUAACGAAAGAACAACUUCAAGCCAUCUUACAUGGCCUUAAAGGUUACAUAAGCGAGCCAAAUAAGGCCUCUCUUCAACACAUAAUAGGAGCAUUAAAGGAAGAUGUCAAGUUCGAUCCAAAAGCCAUAAACCAAGUCGGAAUUGCCUUGUACCUCUUCCAGAGUGCUGUGAAUGAAGUUCUCAGGAACCAGAGCAUAAAACCUCACUGGAUGUUUGCCCUUGACAGCUUGGUGAUGAAUGCAGCUCAGUAUGCAAGCGAAAUUCUUCGCCCCGACCUUCGGGGACAGGAAGAUGGUGAAGGAAACGAGGACGACACUGGUUCUACAUCCGGUGUCUCCACCAUAAACUCUGCAAAAUCACAUGGUGUGGCACGCCAAGCAAAUAACCUGGGUCAAGGUUAUGAAAUUCAGUCAGAAGCACGAAGGACAAUGGAUGCAAUCCACACGAAUGAAUUGAUACUUCAAGAUCUUUUGAAGUCUAUUCUCAACAGUCGGACACAACAAAGGCAGUUUAUCGAAGGAUGCGUUAGGGGUAACCAACCAUCAACAAGCAGCAGAGAAUCAAGUGUUACCCUCUCAGGCCCCUCAUCUUCGGUACCUUCGAUCGUAAUGAACUCUUAUAAGGCUGAGUCAUUGCACGAUGACGAACUGAUGCAGUGGUUGAGAGACCUGGGAAUGGAUUCUGAAUGUCUUGAUAUUUUUGCAAGAGAGGAGUUCACGAAGGAUGAUGUCCUAAACCUGAUGACAAGAGAAGAUCUGAGGAGGCUUGGCCUAAGGCUGGGCCCAGAGCUGCGGAUUUGGAAAGCAAUACAGCGAUACAGGGAACAGAGGUCCUUGCCUUCAUAAACAACGAUUAAACAUUCAUCCUCAAUGACUGAUCAUGAUCAUCCUGCAUCACCGGAGUGCCACAAGUGCAGCUAGGUGUAGCCAAUGCACAUUUCUGCUUCUGUUUUGUCAUUGAGUGACUGUAGCACCACUUUUCUCAUUAUCUGCACUCAUAGUGUAAACUCUCCUAUUACGUCAUCAGAUGUGAAGUUGUUAUUGCAAAGUUGUUUAACUACAUUGACAAAGAUGGUGAACUGCAAGUAGAACACAACUUGACAACACAAAAUGGGUACUUCGUCAUAAGUUGGUCAUAGGAGUUGCACGUACUGUAUUUUUCUGCUUGCAAACUUUCUCGCACAAUGCUCUGCAAGUGUAUUUUGUUAUGUGCUGCGUAUGCUGCAAUUUUCUUAGUGCCACACUCUCACCAUGGCAUGAGAGAGCUGUGUGCAACCCUGUAAGAGUUGGCACCACACGACAUGAAAAGCCCAAGACAUGCACUCUUCAUCAUUCUGUUACCCAUAACCAUAGCUUGAAGUCACCGGAAAUAAUUGUAAUCUGCUUGCAGCCUAAUUGCUCGUCAAACAUGUUGUCGUAUUUCUUAUUUUCUAUACUAUGCUUCAAAAUUAAACGUUAAAGAAGAGUGACUGAAAAGUAACACUCCACCUUGAAGGAAGUACAAAUGUGUCAACAAAAGUAAUGACCAUGUAAAUAUGGUGACCCCCAUGCACAGAUAUUAAAGCUCUAUAUAGUGGAGGAAUAUCAAGGGAUGUGCCAUUCAAAGCAGCCGAAAAUUGAGUUGUUGUAUUUUUUGCUGUAUAUGGUCUCAGGGUUAGAAACAUGGACACCCAAGAGUGAAGCACAUUAACAUUGCAGAUGGUUUACUUCGUGUGUGUGUUUUUUUUUACCAUUUCAAACAUUAGCCUUUUUCUUCUCAGCCACCCAUCAGUACUAUCAAUGUUGCAGAUGGUUGACUUUGACACUGAAUUGAUUGAUUGAUUGUUUUUUUUGUAAUACUGGCCUCAUCACACCGACAAAUUACUAUGCAUGAGUAGCAGACUGUCUACUUACAGGCAUCAGCUGCAUCACCCAUCAUCGAACUGAAAUGCGCCACAGAACUUUGGUUGUGCAAAUGGGGGUUCAACAUUGUAGGUACACAUUCAGGAGACACCACCAAUGUACAAUGCCACAAGAAUCAAAAUCCUAGCGCUGUUAUGAGAUCUCGCAGUAUUUUUAGGUAGCACUGAAGCAUACCAUCCAUCUAGCAAUACAGUAGCCAUUGUUACAUAAAGGUUGUUAGCCCCCUUAUCUUUCUGUGCAGGUUUUUGUUUUCAUUGUGAUGCUUGAUUGAAUGGCAGUCAUAGAGUACUCCUCUAUUUGGUAUGUUUUUACCCCAGCGAACUGCAGCUGACCGACUUUUGGUACUUGUUGCAACAUGUUUUUACUGUUAUGUACUAUUUGAACGAAUGGAAAUGAUCAAUGUGCCUCGAAGAGAAUUUUCGCCGUUGAGCAAUCAUGAACUGCAAUGUUGAAAGUUAUAAAGAUUCAGUUCUUAUCCA